UGCAAGUGGCUAGCUAUCCAUACCCAACACCAAAUCCGGCAAGGACUCUAUCAAUAGCGUCCUCAAUCCCUAAGCCCGCCCAAUAAGACAUAUCCUAAUGACUACGUGCGGCUGAGAGAGCCCCUGUAACAUAUCUCUCGCCAACGGCCAUAGUAAUCUUGGCCGUCCUUGGCUUUUCGUCGCAAAGUGAGAAAUUGUGAGUGAUUUUGGUAACAGCCGGGUUCGCUCUCGAGAGCAAAACCUGGCACCUAGGCAAGAAUGCGGGUCUGGACAGCGGGCUAGAGAGAUGGCUUAGAUUGAAGGGUUGAAUGGCGAUAUGAGAGAGGGAGCGGGGAGGAUUUAUGGUAUGUACAAAUACCGGGCGGGCGCCCUCUGGGGAGAUGAUUUUAGGGGUCCUCACCCGCGACAACGGAGAAGAAAGAUUUAAUUACCUAAGAGGUGGCCAUCAAGAUGGAAGAGGCAGGCUCACAUAGGACAGGGGCGACCCUUAUCCCAACUCCGACAUGGUUCAUCGCAUUGCGAGUUCUCCAGAUCGUUUUCUCACUCGUCGCAGUGGCUAUGGCAGGCUGGUGGAUACACGGCCUCUAUGAGGAUGAACUUGGCUUCGUUAUCGUCUCUGGUCUCUUUACUUGGAUCAUCGCCGUGUACGCACUCUUAUCCGAGAAAGUGGUAUCGUGUCAGCGCGCCUAUAAUACAUGGGCCAUUCUCGUGCUCGACUCGCUCAUGAUCAUCUUCUGGCUAGCAGCUAUGGCCGCCAACGCGAAUCUACGGAGCAAAUUCAGUGUAAAGGUUAACGCGAGCUGUGUCAGCGACGGUAGCGCUAUAAACAGCGGUCAUUGUUCCGUCGUGAAGCGAAAUGAGUUUGCAUCAGAUAGCGCGCUCGCUGUCUUGAGUGGCGUAGCUGGCAUCAGUGCUCUCAUUAUGCUUCUAUUUGUCGCGACUUUCGCAUACGUAUGCCACUUCUUCCGCCUCUCAUUCUCGGGUCAUUUAUCCAACGACCCCGAAAAAGCUUCUGGGGCUGCUGCUGUCGCCGUCGCUGGUGGCCCGGGUGCUACAGAAUUACAAGGAGGAAUGCCGCCACAAAAUAUUGCUGCGCAACAGUCGCAACCGCUUUUGCACCAACAGCCCAGUCAACAAUGGGGUCAGCAAACGGGGUACCCCCAACAAUCUGCCGGCCAGCCACAGUACCCACAGGGCCAAGCUUAUGAUCCCUAUGCACCACAGAACACUGCAUAUGCUGGUGCAGCGGGAGUGUACCCCCAACCCGAACCACCAUAUAACCCAGGGACGUCGGCCCCGGGACAGCCAUACGUCAAUCAAGGCCCUUAUAGUCCACAAGGUACACCGGCACCGGGCCAGCCUUAUCAACCCCCUUAUAAUUCUACUUCGCAGUAGUUGGUCUGGCUAAAUUGCUUGUCUUUCCUCUUGACAUUUCUUUCGCAAGCGGCGCGGCGUUAUUGGUAUUUCUUGUGGUUUGAACGGGCGAGCCGAGGGUUUGUGUUUAGUGUGUCUGGGUGCGGAAGGUUUAAUAUGGAUAGUCCAAGCGCCGUUAGGUUAUAUAUAGUCCAACCGAUU